AUGAACCCCCAGGAGUCGGAGUUAGGCCAGGAACUGAGCGAGGACGUGGAAGCCGACUUGCCCCCUCCUCAACGCCGUCGCCACGACAACAACACUGCCACAAACAGCAGGCGACCCCGGCAGCCUAGCAACCAUAGUAGUGAAAACAACAACCARGCUGCUCCGCGCUACAGGAGGUAUAAUGAGGCCCCUGGUGCAGGUGGCAGCAGAAUCAGAGGAGCCCCACAGCGGAGGUCAACAGAGGAGCCAGAGGCAGAGCUGCACCAGGGGGCCCAGUCUCCUCCCCAGCAGCCCCAGCCUCAGCCCCAGCAGGCCCAGGGUCAGUCUCAGCCCAUCCCGCGACCUGCAGUGYCACGUUACCGCAGACAGGAGGACGGAGAGGGCCCAGCAACAACAACCACCUCCACCAGGCCCACAGCCUGUUCACUCUCUACCCCCACAACCAGAUGNCCGGAGGAGCAACCACCUCCACCAGGCCCACAGCCUGUUCACUCUCUACCCCCACAACCAGAUGAGCCGGAGGAGGAUGAGAGUGAACAGAGAGAUGAGAGAGAGAGGGAGAGAGAGGGUGAUGAUUAUGCAUUAGCUCGUUCUGCUAGCACGGAAAGCGGUUUCCACACACACACAGACCGGGCGGAGGGCGAUGCCGUCAUGGCACUAGAUCCUGAGGCGGAGGACGACGGAGGUACCUACGAGGUGACGCUUCGCCCAGAGGCAGAGGGAUACACAGAGAGUGCUGAGUCAGAGCAACAACACCCUCACCCCAACCUGAACCUCAACUACCCCCCUCAGCCCCCUCCCUUACCCCGGGAACCCCUACCAGAUGUUGGGAGACCCCCCAGUCAGGAGGAGGCAGAGGAGACCCUGAACCCUGGAGGAGGUUACUCCAACUACGUCUACACCCAGCCUCUCUACCGCCGUGGGGGAGGGGCCAGCAGAACAGGGGGGCGGGACAGCAGCGUGGAGGAAGGGGUGGAGCCAGAAGACGAGGCGUAUUCUGAAGCCUACGACUACUCCCUGACAGAACACGUCUACGAGGAGAUCGGCGACGCUCCCUCUUCUGCCGCAAAGGUUGCAGAGCCUAUGGACGCCAAUGAGAACCURCAGCAGAGGAAGGCGGGGUUCCGUCUGUUUGAGGGGCGGGAAGGAGGCGGGGACUACCGACAGCAGGAGGCGGUGGGGUCACGGCUCCACCACUACGACGAACGCUCGGACGGGGAGUCGGACAGCCCGGAGAAGGAGGCYGAGUUUGCUCCYUACCCYCGGGCAGACAGUUGCGACCAGGACGGGGAAGAGGACAUCGACAUGAUCGUAGCCGAGGUCAGAGAGAGUCUCAGCUCUCAGAGUCUGGACAGAGCUGCUGCCGGGCUACGGGAGGGAGGAGAGGAAGAGGACAUGAUGGAAGGAGGAGAGGAAGAGGAGGGAGAGUGGCCCGAAUCCGAACACGCUCACAAUUCUCAAUCCGAUGCGCCCACAGACUCCACAUACCGGAAGGGAGAGAUAGAAGGAGAGGGAGAUGAGAGUGAAGAAGAGAGCUUCCCAGCCCCAGCAAACUCUGACGACUGGUCUGGGGUUCGUAACAGUCGUGAAAAGAGAGACGCCAUCUCCCUGGCCAUAAAGGACAUCAAGGAGGCCAUAGAAGAGGUGAAGACCAGGACGGUGAGGUCACCCUAUACCCCUGAUGAACCUAAAGAGCCCAUCUGGGUGAUGAGACAGGACCUGAGCCCCACCGCUGAGUGUUGUGACCUGCAGCCCUCACUAGGUGGCGACUCAGAGUUGCCCUGCUCUGCUGCAGCACCCCACCUCUCCUCUCCAAGUCAGAGUUAG